UCAAAUGGUUAUCGUGAGGUAUUUGAUUUUCGUAAACUAAAACUGCCUCAAUUGGAUUGCCCCACAAGAUGGGGAUCAACAUAUGAAAUGAUCGAUCGACUGAACAAAGCAAAGGACGUUUUGUGCGACAUUGAAGCAAUCGAAAAUAAAACGGAUGAUGAAAAUUUCGACGCUUGCUCUAUGUUGUGGGAGUUUAUAGAUUGUACACUUCUUGAAGACUUUAUGGGAUAAAAUUAAAACAAAUAACCCAAAAGUUAAUUCCUCAAUAACUUCAAUUAGUUCUAUGAUUCUUGAAGAAGGGCUGGAAAAUCAUGAGUUUGACUUGUUAGACACCUAUUUGGGAGCUACAAUAUCGCCUACAGAUGACUGCACGGAUGUUUAUACAAAAAUCGAAACACUGAAGCUUCCUUAUAUGAAAGCAAAUGUUAAUGUAUUGAACUUCUGGAGAGAAAGAAAGUCCACUCAUCCUGAACUGUAUGCACUGAGCAAAGUAUGCUUCGCCAUUCCGCCAACACAAGUCACAAUAGAACGCGCAUUUUCAUCAUUAAAACUUGUACUGGCCGACAAUAGGAAUAGGUUAAACCACGACACUUUGGAAAAUAUUUUACUUGUGAAACUAAACUCAUACCAUUUAGACGGUGCCAUCGACAGCUUCCCUUCAUUUGAAGACGAAGAAAACAAUCAGAAUUAG